AUGGCUUCUUCCCUGAUCUUGUCCUCAAAUUCUAGCUUCCUCUGCAACAGAUCUGCCACAAUGCCCUCAAAAAGCAGCCAUAAAAAGCUUUCUCUCUCUUUCCCUAAAGCUUCGUCCUCCUCAAAUUGGUGGACUCCUCUCUUUGGCUGGUCCUCCGAACCAGACUACAUGGAAGAAAGCAAGAAAUCAGACAACUAUCAGGAAAAGAAUGAAUCUUCUUCUUCAAAGCCAAGGUUUUCUGCAGGUUGUUUCACUGCAGAGAAGGCGAAGAUGAUGAGACUGAAGAUGAUGGAGUCUGCAACUUUUCAUGAUGCGAUGUACCAUUCUGCUAUAGCUUCGCGUCUUGCUUCAAAUCUGCCCGAGAAGCUGGAUCUAUAG